AUGAAUGAUCUUUCCUAUAAUAAUUUCACAUGGUCUCCGAUUUGCAAAGAGAGGAAGAAUAUAAACACUUACGAGAGUUCAUACUCAGGAAACAGACUGUCGCUGCAUAUAAACUGUGGGGGACCUAACGUCACUAUCGAGAACUCUCGUGGAAAGUUUCUGUACCAGGGCGAUAACUAUGGACCUACUAGUUCAGCUACGAACUAUCAUGGGAAAAACUGGGGAUUCAGCAAUACUGGUGACUUCAUGGAUGAUUCAAAAACAGAAGAUGCAUACUCGGUUUCAUCAGAAUCUGUAGAAUCAUCGAAAUAUCCUGAGCUUUAUCGGACAGCCAGGCGUUCUCCCCUGAGUUUGGCUUACUUUGCGUUUUGCUUCGAAAAUGGAAGUUAUAAUGUGAAACUCCAUUUCGCUGAGAUUCAGUUCUCAGACGAGGAACCAUACAGCAGACUAGCAAAACGGGUUUUUAACAUCUAUGUUCAGGGGAAGUUGAUUUGGCAGGAUUUUAGCAUCAGAGAGGAGGCUAAUGGAACUCACAAGGAAGUUAUAAAAGAAGUGAACACAACCGUGACUGAUAACACUUUAGAGAUACGGCUUUACUGGACAGGGAAAGGCACUAUGUUGAUUCCUCAACGAGGGAACUAUGGCUCUCUUAUCUCUGCAAUCUCAGUUUGUCCCAGUUCAGAAUCCAAAUGUGGUGUAAUUUGA